AUGCCAGCUCAACCGCUUAUUUUGUCGUCGAGACGAACGAUUUUGAUUGCCAUUUUGGCCCGUUACGAAGAGUUUCUUCAAAACUACCAGCCCUAUAGGGAUUCUAUCGAGGUGGAAACUCGUAUGGCCAAAUUUGACCAAAUAUGCAAGGAUUUGGAGAGUCUUCAACAGCAGCUGGAGGACAGUGCAACCACUGCUGAAGAGAUGACACACAAUGCCGCCCUUAGGGAGGAUUUUGAACGGCGCUUGAUUCGCGUUCAAUCGGCAUUGAAAGCGAAAUAUAGAGAAAUUCCGCGCAGCGAAGUGUCGCAGCAAGGAGCCGACAAGGUGAUCGCUGAUCUGCCGGCGCAUGAUGUUUCCACUCGCGGCUGGAACAUUCCUUCGGAAUUUGUUUUGGCUGACCCGCAGUUCGAUAAAUCAGCCCCGAUUGAUCUCAUCCUUGGUGCCCGUCAUUACGCUUCCUUCUUUACGAACGUAAAAUCGCACGAGCUUGCUCCGAACCUUCCAACUAUGCUGAACAGCGUGUUUGGGUGGGUCAUGAUUGGUCCCACCUCUCCUCAGAAUCCUGCAUCUCCGACCGAUUGCACCGCCGCGUCCACAAUCGUCUGCAUGGCAUCCCUGGAGGAGUCUCUCGAACGCUUUUGGAAGCUGGAAGGGUUAAGCGUCAAUGAUUCGUACUCACCUGAUGAGCGGCGAUGCGAAACGUUGUAUAAAGAAACCACUCAGCGCGACGAGUCGGGUCGAUAUAUUGUACGAUUGCCCAAACAGACCGACUUCACGGAAAAGCUUGGCCUGUCUAAAACUACCGCUUUGAGACGCUUCGAGCUGCUGGAGAGGAGGCUAGAACGCAACCCACAGCUCAAGGAAGACUAUCAUGCCUUCAUGAAGGAGUAUUUGGAGCUGGGGCACAUGUCGCUCAUGAACAAAGAUAGUGGGGAUGAACAGGCGUACUACCUACCGCACCAUCCCGUAUUUAAAGCCUCCAGUACCACCACGAAAGUAAGGGUCGUGUUUGACGGAUCUGCAAAAACAAGCACUGGUUAUUCCUUGAAUGACAUUCUAUGUGUUGGUCCAAUCGUGCAGGACGAGCUGCUUGAUAUUGUGUUGCGAUUCCGCACCUACCAAAUAGCACUUGUGGGAGAUAUAGCGAAAAUGUACCGACAAAUAUUGCUGCAUUCUGAGGAUCGUCGAUUGGUGCGCAUAUUCUUUCGAUUCUCGCCACAAGCUCCGAUCCAAGUAUAUGAGCUCAACACCGUUACAUAUGGACUAGCACCUUCCUCGUUUCUGGCUACACGCACACUUAUCCAACUAGCAGAUGAUGAAGGGACUGAAUAUGCGCUUGCAUCUGCAGCCCUGAAACGAAACUUUUACGUGGACGACUUCAUUGGUGGUGCCAAUAACGUUCGCGAAGCUGUUCAGCUGCGUAAGGAGUUAUCAGCGCUACUUGCCAAAGGUGGGUUUGAGUUGCGCAAGUGGACCUCAAACAAUCUGAGCGUACUCUCCGGCUUAAGCACCGAGUAUAUCGGCACACACUCAUCGCUGCAUUUUAUACCCAACGAGACGGUCAAAGCACUCGGCAUCUCGUGGAAGCCUGAAUCGGAUGAGCUGUGUUUUGAAUCCAACACUGAGGCUGAUGAAGCCACGUCGACCAAGCGAUCUAUUUUGUCGAGCAUUGCCAAAAUGUACGAUCCGCUCGGAUUGAUAGCACCGGUGAUCGUGCGUGCUAAGAUGCUGAUGCAGGAGCUAUGGCUACUCAAAUCCGGCUGGGAUGAACCUGUUCCUAAUCACAUCUGUAAAAAAUGGAAGGCGAUUCAGAGCGACUGGAAAACGUUAUCCGAGUACAGGACUAACCGUUACGCUCUCUUACCAGAUGCAACAGUAGAAUUUCACACAUUUACCGAUGCUUCGGAGGCCGCCUACGGAGCAUGUGUGUACGCUCGUUGUGAAAGCGCGGCGGGAGAAGUCCGCAUCAGCCUAUUAGCUUCGAAGUCUCGAGUGGCACCACUGAAGCGCGUCACGUUGCCGAGGCUUGAACUAAGCGCAGCUGUCCUGGGCGCCCAUCUGCAUCAUCGCGUCAAGGAGGCAAUGCAGAUCGUGUGCGCCGAAUCGUUUUUCUGGUCCGACUCAACAGUGACGCUAAAAUGGAUUGCGUCACCUCCCAACUCCUGGAAGACGUUCGUGGCAAAUCGAGUAGCUGAGGUGCAACACUACUCUCAUCCAAGGCAAUGGAGGCACGUUCCUGGCACAUCCAAUCCUGCUGACUUGGUUUCCCGAGGCAUGUCGGCAGCACACUUCACGCAGAAUCAGCUUUGGAAUAACGGUCCAGAUUGGCUUGUGCAACCUUCGUCCCAUUGGCCCAGCUCAGAUCCAGAACCAAGCGAUGAGGCGGACCUAGAAGCACGCCAGGUGAGUGCCGCUUUAGUUUGUACACAAACUCAUCCAUGGUUUGGCAUUUCUUCAUCCUUCACCAGAAUGGUACGCAUCAUUGCAUACUGCAUACGUUUUGUGCGCAACACCAAGCAGAAGGCGCGAUCACAGCGAUCGAUACCGCACACCAAUGCAUCCAAGACGAUCACGCCCAAGUACGUGGAUGCUGCAAAAAUUGUGCUUUGCAGACUAGCCCAGCAAGAUGCAUUUUCCGCGGAAAUCAAGCAGCUAAAAAAGGGAGAAGCAUUGAUGAAACAAUCUCCUUUACGAAAACUUACCCCAUUCCUGGAUACAGAAGAAGUAAUACGGGUGGGAGGACGAUUGAACUUGUCGCAACUACCGUAUCAGUCCAAGCAUCCAGCUGUUCUACCGAAGAACCACAAAUUCACCCGUCUACUUGCGGAAGAUUAUCAUGAAGAGAUGAAACAUGCUAGUGGAAGGCUAUUGCUAUCCCGCAUUAGAGAACUGUAUUGGCCACUGGACGGACGUCGCUUGCCGGUUGGCCAGCUUCCACCAUCCCGCAUCACACCGAGCCGACCUUUUUCUGUAACCGGAGUGGAUUACGCCGGUCCAUUCUACUUGAAGCCAGCGCACCGGAAGGCAGCAGCUACUAAGAGCUAUCUGUGCGUUUUCGUGUGUUUCGCAACGAAAGCUGUGCACUUGGAACUCGUAGGAGACCUCACAACGGCGGGAUUCUUAGCAGCGCUACGCCGAUUCACAUCACGACGCGGAUUGCCAGCCCACAUCCAUUCUGAUAAUGGGAAAAACUUCGAAGGCGCAGAACGUGAACUGAAGGAGCUUUUUGAGCUGUUCAACGACGAACAACACCGCAACACCGUGGCUACUAGAUGCGCUGACCGGGGAAUCACUUGGCAUUUCAAUCCACCAAAGGCUCCACACUUCGGCGGAUUAUGGGAAGCAGCAGUAAAGACGGCGAAGCGACACCUCUAUCGUCACCUGGGCAAUACGCGGCUGUCGUACGAAGGCUACUGCACUGUGCUCCACCAAAUCGAAGCAGCGAUGAAUUCCCGUCCGCUGUUGCCUUUGUCCGACGAUCCCAACGAGCUAGCUGCACUCACACCGGCACACUUCCUUAUUGGCACAUCGAUGUUCGCCGUGCCUGAACCGGACUACACCCAGCUGAAAUCCUGCACGCUAGAUGAUCUUCAGAAGUGGCAGCUUUUGGUUCAGCGUUUUUGGAAGCAUUGGGCCACUGAGUAUCUACAAGAAAUGCAGAAAUGUUAUGCAAGUGGUGGCAGCAACAACAGCAACAUACUUCCCGGCAGAUUAACCGUCAAGGAUGGCUGCUUGCAUGGCAGUUUGUGA